CAUAGAUUAGCUUAUCAUUCCUCGUUCGUUCGUUCCCGCGCUAACCGCCAUUUUUGUAGUUGUCAGCUGACAAAACCGGUACACUCUCAGUGUCUACACAACGAAAUUCCAGGCAACAGGCGAAUAAUGGACGUUAUUGUGAUUGGCUGCGGAGCAGCGGGCAUUGCAGCGAUGAGGAAGCUGCAUGACGCUGGUCUGCAAGUCCUUGGCCUUGAGGCAGGUGACAGAAUCGGCGGGAGAAUCUUGACUGUGGAGUUCGGCGGGAAACCCAUUGACAUCGGAGCUGCAUGGUGCCAUGGCGAGAAAGACAACGUGGUCUUCGAAAUUGCGAACCCAUUGGGUCUUCUUGGCAGAUCGCCACAAGAAACGAACUUGUACCUCUUGUCGAACGGCGAACUGAUCCCCGAAGACAAGGCUAGCGGGAUCUUGGCGGCUCUGGACAACGAACUGAAGGUAGCUGACAAGAGAAAGAAGAUGUCUAUUUCCCAACAUGUUAGAAACGCUGCUAACACCAAUAACACGCUAAAGGAGGAACCUAAGUUAUCAAUUCCAUUCAUAGAAUGGUAUGAGAGAAGCAACCAUGUGGGCGGGCAAGAUGACCAGAAGCAAGGAAAGUCUUUGCGCUGUCUUGAGGAAUUCUGGCUGAGUGAGGGUGAUCCUUACCUAACCUGGAAGGGCAGGGGCUUCAAGACCAUUUUAGAUGUUUUGAUGAACAGAUACCCGGAUCCUUCCAAGGAGGUUCCUUUACAGAUUCUCUUCAACAAGGAAGUGGAAAACAUUCGGUGGGGAGUUACCCAGCUUGGCAUUGAUCCUUCCAACCCAAUGGUGCAAGUCAAGUGCAAGGACGGAAGCCUAUACGCAGCCAAGAGUGUGAUUGUUACCAUGUCCCUUGGUGUUUUGCAGGAAAGACACGAGGCCUUAUUCUAUCCACCACUGCCAUCUCCAAAAGUCAACACAAUACAAAACAUGACCAUGACAGUCUUAGACAAGAUCUACGUAGAAUACGAGAAACCUUGGUGGCCGCAUACUCCUUCAAAGUUCUCUCUAAUGUGGCUGGAGGAAGAUAAGGCACAAUUUGCAGAAAAUGAGAAGUGGAUCACAGAGAUCUUUGGUUUCUGGACUGUCGACUCUCAUCCAAAUGUCCUGCUGACUUGGAUCCAUGGAAAGGGUGCUGUGCAGAUGGAGAAAUUGAGCGUUGAAGAAGUCCGCGCUGGCAUCCAGAAGUUGUUGGAUGUUGUUGUAAAGAAACAAUUCAAUGUUUCGCCCAUUAAGGAAAUUUUAAGGACACAAUGGGCUAGCAAUCCUUUGGCAAGAGGAACUUACGCCUACCGUACAGUUGCCUUAGAAGAGGCUGAUGAAGAUGGAGGUGCCAUUGUUCUAUCAGAGCCUCUCUGCCAUCCUAACAAGUUCCCUGUAGUUUGCUUUGCAGGAGAAGCGACCUCACACCAUAGACAUUGGGACGUCCAUGGCGCCGUAGAGUCCGGAUUCAGAGAGGCUGAUCGAUUGAUCAAAACUUUCAAGGAGUUUGGAUUUAAAUAAAUUGUUAUAUUUUUCGGUCUUCUGAUGAUAAUUUUGCA